GACAUUCCUUAACUUCAAUGCCCUGCAAAACCCUAGCAUAUAUUUCACACCAUUUGCUACACUCUCAAUCGCCUUGUUGUAGGAAACCCUAGCAUUUUGUUUCUCUCCUUCAUCAUCAGCAACAAUGCCGCCGAAGUUCGAUCCCUCACAGGUCGUCGACGUCUACGUCCGAGUCACCGGCGGUGAAGUCGGCGCGGCGAGUUCGCUUGCUCCAAAGAUCGGUCCUCUCGGUCUCUCCCCAAAGAAGAUCGGAGAAGACAUAGCCAAGGAGACCGCCAAGGACUGGAAGGGCUUACGUGUCACCGUCAAGCUCACCGUCCAGAACAGACAGGCCAAGGUCUCUGUGGUGCCGUCGGCGGCGGCGCUGGUCAUCAAGGCUUUGAAGGAGCCCGAGCGCGACCGCAAGAAGACUAAGAACAUCAAGCACAGUGGAAACAUCUCUCUAGACGACGUCAUCGAGAUCGCCAAGAUCAUGAAGCACAGAUCCAUGGCCAAGGAGCUUGCCGGCACGGUGAAGGAGAUUCUCGGCACCUGCGUAUCCGUCGGGUGCACGGUCGACGGCAAGGACCCUAAGGAUUUGCAACAGGAGAUUGCCGAUGGUGAUGUUGAGAUCCCUCUCGACUGAGCUGUUGCUGUGAGGCUCUUUCUUUUUCUUUUGCUGAAUUAAAUUUUUGUUUAAGGGUAUGUCGUUUUGGAUAAUUUGUGGAUUAAUUUGGAGUACGUUAUUAAGAUCGUUAAUCACUCUUUUUAUGGCAAUUUAGAUGAGUUGGAGGGUUUUUGUAACCCAGUUUUUUACAUGUUGUGGAUGCUGAUGGCGGUGUUAUUAGUAUUAAAGAAUAUAAUGGGUUUUUUAAAUUA